AUCAUUCUUAUGGGCUUCUUUAUUGUCUUCUUUGCGUCCUUACAUUACACUUUUGUUCGUUUUCUUCUUAGUUUCCUCUGUUUCUUCUCUACAAUUUACGCCCAAUUUGCCGCUAACCCGUCUGAAUUUUAACUUUCAAAAUGCUGGAGGUUAUCAGUUCAUCAGUUGUUUGCUACCGCAUGUUUUCCUUUGUGUCAAAUGUGGAGUAUCUAAUUACCACUGAUCUUACUUGCAUACUUGAAGUUUUCGAAGUGGGGUUUUCAAUCGGUUUCACUUGCUCUAGAAGAAGAUCAUGGUUUCUGAGGUUCCUUCCCAACCGAUUGUUGAAACUGAUACUGCAGUAGCGUCCAGGAACUGCCCUGGUAAAAAAAACCAGUCGAAAGUUCCUAAGAAGAUUCACAAGGCCGAGAGGGAGAAGUUGAAGCGAGAGCAGUUAAACGAUCUCUUCCUUGACCUAGCAAAUGCACUUGAGCUCACAGAACCCAACAAUGGAAAGGCAUCCAUAUUGUGUGAAGCAAGUCGACUGCUAAAAGACUUGUCUGGUCAGAUUGAGUGCCUCAAAAAGGAGCACGCAAUGUUAUUGUCCGAAUCUCGAUAUGUUGACAUUGAGAAGAACGAGCUGCAAGAAGAGACUUCUGCUUUAGCAUCUCAGAUUGAGAAACUGCAAAGUGAGUUACAAUCAAGGGCGAUUCAUUCUAAACCCGACUUAAAUAUCCCCCCGCCUGCAGAGUUUCCGCUACAAGCGACGACGAUAUCACAAUUUUCAGGGGAGUGCCUUGGAUUGCCUGUUAUGGAACCCGCGAUACAGCAAACACAUGCAGUUUUUAUUGUCCCCAUGCAGCCAGAUCUCCCAGGUUACCCAACAGCGGAUGCCGCUCAUGCGGCAACAAUGCCUACCUCACAUGUAAGCAAACCACAUGCCAGAUAUCCCACACCAGCAGAUUCCUGGCCUGCUGGACUCCUCAGAUUGUCACAAACAACAGAACCAAGUGAGAGCUGAUUUUGUAGUGUCCUCGUUUGUUUUUGUAAAACAGAUGCCCUCAGUAGAUGAAUUGUAUAACAAGUUAAAAAUGGUUGAGAUGGGCAACCUGGUGUUUUAGGAACUAUCUAUCUGUAGGAUGUUCAAAAGUUAGAAUUAGAAUCUUGAAUCAUUGACCCUUCAAUAACCAACUGAUGAAUCUUCCAUC